UCCACCAUUCUCGCUCUGUUAAAGUUAGAGAGAGAAAGGGAGAGGCGAGAGAGAGAUGACCAUAAAUAGUUCCCCAAGAUUCCCCAGUAUCCCUGUCGAUAUUUUAUUACUCGCCCGUACUUUUUACCGUCCUCAUAUUUGUUCUCUUUAAGUAUCCUCUGUUUUCUUCAAAGAACCUCCACUCCCACUGCCUCCUUUUCCUCUGUACCUAUUUCCCUUAGAUUUAGCUUCUCUUUCUGUUUUGGAAGUUCAAAACUGAUGAAGAUCCAGUGUGAUGUGUGUAACAAGGACGACGCCUCGGUGUUCUGCACUGCCGACGAGGCCGCCCUCUGCGACGCUUGCGACCACCGUGUCCACCACGCCAAUAAGCUCGCUUCCAAGCACCACCGUUUCUCUCUCGUCCACCCCUCGUCUAAGGAGUUCCCCCUCUGCGAUAUCUGUCAGGAGAGAAGAGCCUUCUUGUUUUGCCAGCAGGACAGAGCGAUUCUGUGCAGAGAGUGCGACCUUCCAAUUCACAACGCCAACGAGCACACCCUGAAGCACAACCGAUAUCUUCUUACGGGUAUUAAGCUCUCCGCCACCUCCGCCCUCUACAAAUCUUCGCCGCCGCGGCCAACUGUAGCAACUGCUAGUUCUGAAACCGCCGCUACCGAUCUCAAAAAGCAUCAACCUUCAACCAAGAAAUCUGUUUCCGCCGCCUCUCCUGCAAUUUCAAAUCCAAACCCACCUCCUAUUUCUGUCAAGAAUUCAACUUCAACCGCUGCAGUCGACAAACGCGGUGGAAAUUUGGUGGGUGCGACUAGUACCAUAUCCGAGUACUUGAUAGAGACGCUUCCGGGCUGGCACGUUGAGGACUUUCUUGAUUUUUCUAAUGCCCCGUUUGGUUUCUCUAAGGCCGACAAUGAUAUGAUGCUGUCGUUUUCGGAAGCCUAUCCGGAAAGCAAUCUGAACUCUUUCUCGUCGGAAAAUAUGGGGAUGUGGGUCCGACAGGCAUCACAAGCUCCUCCGUAUCAAUAUUCACAGAUGGGCGGUGGGUUCGUUGGCUUCGAAGAGACAAAGGAGGGUACAAACAUGAAAGCCAGCAACAGAAUGUGGAUGGAUGACGGCUUCACAGUUCCUCAGAUUAGUCCUCCAUCUGUUGGCUCCAAGAGGUUCAGACCUUUCUGACAGAACAUUUAGAGCGGGGAAGCGAUUUACGCACACAUUUUCUCGUUCUACACUUUAUGUUUAUUUUUGUCGUUUAAGUCUAAAGGUGUGCAGACGAAAGAAAAAUGUCGUGCGGAAAUCACUCAUUUAACAUGAACCGAUACUUAGAUCAUUUUGAAGUUAAUUUUAACGCAGGGAUUUCGUUUGUUUAUUUUCUUUGGUGGGUUUAGUUCGAUCUCUUCGUCCCACCUUUUGUAUGAAGGGAGCUUUGAAAACCUCGACAAACCCAGUUGGAGUGCUUCAGCUCCCUUCUCUCUCUCUCCCCUUUGUACUUAUUGCGGAAUGCAAACAUCCAUGUAAAUAUCAACUGCAGCGUGCUUUGU